UUCAAUUGCACAUGCAAAUUUCGUGCCAAGGAAAGCUCGAUAAAUUUCUGAUUAGAAAAGAUUAAAAAGGAAAUUCGCAAUCGAAGAUGAGUGAGAGCAAGGCUAAUGUGAUUGAUGAGCACAUGUUGUUCAUGUCGUAUCUGGAGAAUAACUACGAGUUGCCAUCGGGACUCAAGAAUGACAUUAUCUAUUGCCAGCGUGCAAUGCGCGACUUUCUCAUGGUGCACACGUUGGUCUCUGAUGUGUUCACGGCGCAGGGGGAUGCGGAUCGCAUCGAAAUGCAACGCAUAUUGGAUGAAUUGGAGCAGGAGAUCUAUGAGGUCAACGCGGAGCAGACCUAUUUGAUGCUGCAGAUCGAAGAGGACUUGGACAAGUUCUACAAGUGGCUGCAGCAACUGGAUGUCGCGAUCGUUCCCGAUCUGGCCAACGCAUUCAUCUCCAGCCAGAUAGUGCCUUUGAUUGCCGAUGCCACCUACAUAAUCGCACCGAACUCGGUGAAGAUGCGCGACGAUCCGGAGACCCUCAUUCGCAGGUACUUUCUCAUUUUGGCAGACGAUGCUGCUGAGACCGCUGGCAAUGAACGAGACGGCGACGAGAUCAAUCCAAAUGAACCAUUGUCGCUGGAGAAAUUAUUUACAGAGGACGAGUUGCCACUUAAUACUGUCUCGGAGGUUAUUGAAAUGCCAUCCGAUGCUCAAGAGCUGCUCGAGAUGUUUCUUGCGCAGGACGAACUGCAGUUGUCCACUGUGAGCUCUGAGAGCGUGCCACAGCCAGAGGACGAGGAGGAGGAGGAGGAGGACAAAGAGGAGCAGGCUAUACAGCUGCCAACAGGAUAUGCAAAAGUUCCAAGUGUUGAAGAAGCUGCCGCAACAGCUUCAAUUACUGCAGCAGCUUUAGGUGUUGCACCAACUGCAGAUGGAGCAGUUUCAAAUCUUGAUGCAGCACUUCCAAUUGUGGCACCAACUCCCAUUGCUGCCUCAUCCCCAAUUCAUGCAGCAGCUUUAGGUGUUGCACCAACUGCAGAGGGCGCAGAUUCAAAUCUUGAGGAAGAUGCAGCACUUCCAAUUGUGGCACCAACUCCCAUUGCUGCCUCAUCUCCAAUUCAUGCAGCAUCUCCAAAUAUUAAAGAAGCUGCCAUAGCUCCAAUUCUUGCCCCAGUUCCAAGCGUUGCAGCAGCUUCAGUUCUUGAAUCAUCUACAGAUGCAGAUGAUGAAGAAGCUGCCGCAGCUCCAAUUGUUGCUCCAAUUCUUGCAGCUGCUCUAAGUGGUGCAUCAAAUGCACGUGCUGCAGUUGCAAGUAUUGAGAAAGCUGCCGCACUUCCAAUUGCCGCAGCAGUUCCACGUGUUGCACCAAAGGAGACGACGAGCAAGAAACGCAAUUGGAAGACAGCAGGCAAGAAAGUUGCGAAGGCGCCACCGACUGUGGCACGAAAAAAGCCUGCCACAAAGUCCAAGGCAACUGCUGGUGGAACAACUUCGAACAAGGACUCUUCAGACGGCGGACAGGAGAGUUUCCUUAAUCUCUUCGAACUUUGCACCCACGAUGUGGUGAGGAAGUUUUACCAACGUCAUUCGAAGCGCACUCGGCGCCUUAUUAUUAAGUAAUCAAAUGCAUAUGAAUUUGAGAGUAAUCUUAAGUUAUAUAGUCAGUAAAUGAACACAUGUAUGAAAUAUUAUGUGAUCAACUAUGAAUCUCUUCUUCCCACCAUUAAAAUAAACUGUUCUUCAGGAAUUCAAAGAAUCAUUUGACUUAUUAUUAUCAGCAGCAUUU